UGGGCCAUCUUCUUCGCCAAGAACAGCCGGGGCCGUCGGGGCGCCGCGCACACCCACCACCCGCACCACCCGCACGCCGCGCCCCUGCACCUGCCCGUCGCCCCCGCCGCCGCUGCCGGGGCUGCGGGAGCCAAGGCGCGCGGCGGCCGCGGCGGCGCGGGCGGCCCGGGGCCGGCGGGGGUGGCCGGCGCGGCCGGCGAGUUCGCCUUCGCCUACCUGGCCUGGCUCAUCUACUCCAUCGCCUUCACGCCCAAGGUGGUGCUCAUCCUGGGCACGUCCAUCCUGGACCUCAUCGAGCUGCGCGCUCCCUUCGGCACCACGGGCUUCCGCCUCACCCUGGCGCUGUCAGCGCCGCUGCUCUACUGCCUGGUGCGGGCCAUCGGCGAGGCGGGCGCCACCCCCGGCUCCGCGGGCCCCCUGCUCCUGCAGCCCCAGCGGCACCGCGCCGCCGGCUGCUUCCUGGGCACGUGCCUGGACCUGCUGGACAGCUCCGCCCUGGUGGAGCUGAUGCUGGACGGCCGCGCGCCGCUGCCCGCGCACCUGCGCUACCUGCUCCUCGCCGCCUACUUCCUCGCGCUCGCCUCGCCGGUGCUCUGGCUCCACGAGCUCCACGCCGCUGCCGCCUCGCCCCGGGGCCGGGCCUCGCGGCCGGGAGGCUGCAGCCGCCUGCUGCGCCUGCUGGGCGGCUGCCUCGUGGACGUACCCCUGCUGGCGCUGCGCUGCCUGCUGGCCGUGAGCUACCAGCAGCCGCUCUCCGUCUUCAUGCUCAAGAACCUUUUCUUCCUCGGCUGCCGCGGCCUGGAGGCCCUGGAGGGCUGCUGCGACAGGGAGCCCCCGGCGUCCCCGAGCCGGGCUCGGGCAGGCUACGGCGCUCCGCUCUCUGCCCCGUCGGUGCCAGGAGCCCCCCAGCUGGGCCACUGCGUCUCGGAGGACGACGGGGGCGCCCACGGCUACGUCAACACCCUGGCUGUGGCUUCCCAAAACUGA